AUGGCGUUUGGUACUGGCUAUUCUCAUCCUCACACUCCCGAAAACUUUUUCAAUCCAGACUUAGAUCUGAAUAUCAGCAGUAUCGAUUUAAAUUCGAUAAUGGAUGUAGACCCCAGUAUUCAGGAGUUGAACCCUCAGGAUUUAGAACAGUAUUUGCGUGGCAAUGUACGCUGAAG